AUGGCGUUACUAUGUCCACUUUGCAUGGGUGUUAAUUUCACCUCGGAGGAAACGUUGUUAUACGACUUGAUCGCGUUUUCGAGCCGUCAAAUCGUGUGUCCUUUAUGCUCAGACGUUCUCAAAGGGUUUGAUAAAUUCACCGUUCAUCUCUGCGCCCAUAUUUUAAACUGCGGUUCGGCUCCGGUCACUUUGAACCUCGCACAGACCAAUUUGGUAACUUCGUUGAACGAGAAAUUAAAAGGGAUCGAUUUACAUACGAGUAAAUGUCACGAUCAGCAAAUUAUCGAUUUGCAUUCGAUCAACACGUCGUCGUAUAAUUCAGCGAAUUCGAUCAACGGCGACUCAGCUGUGAAUAAAUCAGUCGACGAACUUGCGUUAAACGAUGAAACUAAUUAUUUAAUGCAGUUUUCUAAAAACGUAGAAAUACGUUCUGAAAAGCUGGCAGAGACCGAAAGCACGUUCGGUAAUAUUACCGAUUGUUCUGAAACAUUGUUCGAUGCUGUCUGGCCAUCGCAUGAGAAUAAUGGUGCCGGCGCUGGUCACCUUGAAAUAUCGCAAUUACCUGCACCGGUGGCUUUACUUAAUGAUUCUGCCAUAUCUACGAUAAAUCGUGACGAUGAAAAUAACGCGAAUAUUUUACACGUUGAUUUGGCCAGUGAAAAUGUACCUGUUACGGUGAUAAAGAGUGAUACAAAUGGUGACUCGGGCGGAAAUGUUAAUAAAGCUGAUAUUUAUCAGUGUACUUCUUGUUCGACUUCCUUCUCAAAAAGUUCCACUUUAAUGUUACACAACGAACUGAUGCAUGGGGAAAAUAACAAAAACGUGUUAGCUUUCAAGUAUCAAUGUCACCAGUGCCAAAAGAAAUUUAAAAUCAGAGGUAGCCUGUUGAUUCAUCAACAAGUAGCACAUCACUUACAAAAUGACGAACGAUCUCAUGGAACAGCAUCAGCUGAAGAGAGUCAAAAUCAAGAUACACAAUAUUACUGUAAUAUCUGCUUCAAAUAUUUCAAAAAAGAAUACUAUUUAAAUCAGCAUUUAAAAACACACGAUGGAAAAAAAUGGAAUUGCGAAGAAUGUGGUAAAAUGUUCACAACUAAGUACUUCCUGAAAAAACACAAACGUUUGCACACAGGGGAAAUGCCAUAUUCGUGCCAUAUUUGUGACAAGAAUUUCACUUUCCAGCAAUCUUAUCACAGGCAUAUGUUAUAUCACAGUGAUGAAAAACCAUACUCGUGCGAAGAUUGUGGGAAAAGUUUCAAAGAAUUGUCAACUUUGUACAACCAUCAACGUAUUCAUACCGGAGAGAAACCAUACUCUUGCAAUAUAUGUGGUAAAAGUUUUAGGCAACGAGUUGCAUGUUUGGUUCAUAGCAGAACUCAUUCGGGAUCUAAACCUUUCAGAUGUUCUCAGUGUCAAAGAACGUUCAAAUAUAAGGUUAGCUUAAGGGGUCACAAGUGUAACAUACCAGCGGAAGAACCUGAUCUGGGAUUGGGAAAUGUUGUAUGCUAAAUUUGUUUUUCAAGAGAUUUUUCAUUUUCAUCAUUCAUGAGUUAUUGAAUUGAUCGUACAUGAGUUGUCUGCUCUUGUUAAAAAUGUUUGCAAUAUAUGUUUGAAUAAUAA